CGCCCCUGCCUAAUUCUUGACCUAAUUUGAUGACAUGUGCACUCGGCUAACUUAAGCCUUCGUUGACUCUUUAGAGAACAAAAUUCAUAAUUAUCGUGCCGAGUGCAAUAUAAGAAGAACCGGGUGCAAUCACUAUGAGAUUAAAUUUGAGAAGUCACAUUGGAUAUUAAGGUGAAUGUUAUAGUUAAUAAAAAGACAACAGUUAACACCAACAAGAAGAACAAAGGAUGGGAAAGUACAGCGGGAAGACAUGUCGUCUGCUGACAAUGCUGGCCCUCACUGGGGGUUUCUUCCUUGUUGAGAUCAUCGUGGGGUACAUGACAAACUCAAUCGCCCUUGUUGCUGACUCCUUUCACAUGCUGUCAGACGUGGUGGCGCUCAUUGUGGGAUUUGCAUCAGUGCGGAUAUCAAAAUGGCAUACCCAAAAGAACACGUACGGUUGGGCGCGGGCGGAGGUACUGGGGGCACUUGUGAACUCUGUGUUCCUGAUAGCGCUGUGCUUCUCUAUCUUGGUUGAGGGCCUCAAGAGGCUGGUCGAGGUGGAGAAGAUUGAAAACCCCACCCUGCUGCUGAUUGUCGGGGCCGCAGGGCUUGGGGUGAACCUCAUCGGGCUGGCACUCUUCUGUCAGCAUGGAGGUCAUGGCCACAGCCAUGGUGGUGGAGGUCAUGGUCACAGCCAUGAUGGCAAGAAGGCUACACCAAACCAUUCCAACCACUCCCAUGAUGUCAUGGUGAAGGAGAGUCAGGCCCUUGUAGAAAUAAGGAGGGCCACCAACGGCACAGCUACACAUCACGAUCACCACAGUGAAUCUGAGUCUGAUGACACAGUGGUUGAGUUGGAUCAGGAUAGUAGUAAAAUGCCAUCCAGUUCCCAGAUGAACAUGCGUGCAGUGUUCCUGCAUGUGCUAGGUGAUGCCCUUGGCUCUGUGAUUGUCAUAAUCAGUGCUCUAGUCAUCAAGUUUGUUGACCAGGAUUGGGUCUACUAUAUCGACCCUUCCAUGAGUUUGAUGCUGGUAGCAAUCAUUCUGUCUACAACCAUUCCUUUACUUAAACAAUCUGCAAUGAUAUUACUACAAACUGUACCAGCACAUAUACGUGUCAAAGAGAUUAAGGAAGAAAUUGAACAAAUGGAGGGUAUUGAGGCUGUACAUGAGUUCCACAUAUGGCAGCUGACAGGAAACCGAGUGAUAGCCUCCGCUCACAUUCAGUGCCACAACCUGCAUGAGUACAUGAAGAUUGCUGAGAAGAUUAAGAAGCUCUUCCAUAACAAAGGCAUACAUUCCACCACCAUUCAGCCAGAGUUUUCUGAGAAUUGGGAUACAGCUGACUGUGCCUUGGCAUGUGGACCAGAAAAGAACUGCUACCCAGACACAUGCUGCCCUCCCCUUAAGAAAGCUGCCCCACCGCAGACCAGUAUAUCCAGUAGCAGCCAGCCUACACCAGCAGCCACGUUGUCAGAUGAGCAAGUUGUGGCAGCAAGCAGCCACUCCACAGAGUAGCCUAGAGAGAGAGAGAGAGGGAGAGAGCAGCUUGGUGCUAAACAUCAUGGCGCUAAUACAAAGCCCAGUUUAGCCAGCCAAAAUGUGACUAAUACAAAGCCGUGUAUAGUUAGCCAUGAGACAAACACAAAGCCCACUAAAGCUUGGCAACAGUGACAAACACAAAGCCAUGUAUAGUACAUGAAGCUAUCAUUUACCUGAUGCUUGCAAAUUCUAUUAGCUUAAAUUAAGCCGCAUUCUGGGAAAUAGGGGCGUAAAGCUUGUGCUUAAAGUGUCGUCCCAAAUAAGCCUGUGCUAGUAUCGUCUCGGAUAAGCCUCCGCAUUUUUCGCACAUGCAAUAAGCCUUGUUUUACCAGAACAAGACUCAAUUACAUGCUGAAAAUAACUUUGUGUUGUGUAUUCCUUCUUGGUUGACUUUGAUCACAUUUCUUCAUGAGAUAAAUGACAACACAACAGUUAUUUGUAGGGAGUUUCUUUUACUUGAUGAACUCUAUUCCCUAACAAAAUUUAAUGUUUUAAUCAGAAUUAAAGUUUAAUAUAUUCAUGCAUUAAGGUCAGUGUUGGGUAAAUGAUGGUGAACAUGAUUUGAGGAAAGUGGAAGUCUCUUAAAAACUUUGUAAUGGCCAGUUGGCCAGUAUUUAAUGAUCAUUAUUCUAAUUCCCCGAUAAGUUCUUCAGGGUUUGAAUGCAACAAAACACACUAUUUUUUAUCAUGCAGUUUUUUGUUUAUUAUAGAUUUGUUUAUUGUGUGUUUUAGCAAUGUUGAGUUAAAGAUAUAUUUUAGCAAUGUUGAGUUAAAGAUUACGGGUGACUUCCUGAUGAACUUACCGAUGCCUGAGCCAUGUCUAAAUCUAGAACUGAAUAACUGAAUCUAUGAUCUUUAAUUAUUGAUAUUGUUUUUAUGCCCCCCUUCGAAGAAGAGGGGGUAUAUUGCUUUGCACAUGUCGGUCCGUCCACCAGGUGGUUUCCGGAUGAUAACUCAAGAAUGCUUGGGGCUAGGAUCAUGAAACUUCAUAGGUACAUUGAUCAUGACUUGCAGAUGACCCCUAUUGAUUUUGAGGUCACUAGGUCAAAGGUCAAGGUCACUGUGACCCGAAAUAGUAAAAUGGUUUCCGGAUGAUAACUCAAGAAUGCAUACGCCUAGGAUCAUGAAACUUCAUGAGUAGAUUGAUCAUGACUCGCAGAUGACCCCUAUUGAUUUUGAGGUCACUAGGUCAAAGGUCAAGGUCACGGUGACCCGAGAUAGUAAAAUGGUUUCCGGAUGAUAACUCAAGAACGCAUACGCCUAGGAUCAUAAAACUUCAUGGGUAGAUUGAUAAUGACUGGCAGAUGACCCCUAUUGAUUUUGAGGUCACUAGGUCAAAGGUCAAAGUCACGUUGACCCGAAAUAGUAAAAUGGUUUCCGGAUGAUAACUCAAGAACGCAUACGCCUAGCGUCAUGAAAUUUCAUCGGUAGAUUGAUCAUGACUCGCAGAUGACCCCUAUUGAUUUUGAGGUCACAAGGUCAAAGGUCAAGGUCACGGUGACCCGAAAUAGUAAAAUGAUUUUUGGAUGAUAACUCAAGAACGCUUUUGCCUAGGAUCAUGACACUUCAUAGGUACAUUGAUCAUGACUUGCAGAUGACCCCUAUUGAUUUUCAGGUCAUUAGAUCAAAGGUCAAGGUCACAGUGACAAAAAUAGUAUUCACACAAUGGCUGCCACUACAAUGGACAGCCCAUAUGGGGGGAAUGCAUGUUUUACAAACAGCCCUUGUUUAUUCCUGUUUUGAGUUUGGUCAUUGAAUUAUACUAUUUUCAUUUUAUACCUGCAUAAACCAAUCAUAUAUGCUUAAGGGAGGAAGUGUUGGACUAUAAACGAUUUCAAUAAUAAUUUAAAGAGAAAAAUACUAGCAUUAUGUACAUUAUAAUUGUCCAUUAUGGGUAAAAUAAUGUUGUGAACACUAAAUAUUGUCUCAGAAAAAACGAAUAUUUUUAAUGUUGUUUACUUACAAAAAUUACAGAAGUAUCAAUUUAUUACACAAUACAUUAUAUUAUGACCAAUGUUUUUUUUUCUGGAAAAUCUGUUACUCAAAAGAUUACCAUGUAACUUCUUAGACUUGAGCAUCCAUUACUUACAAACUUCAAGAAAUGCCAACAAAUAUUGUAGUCCCAGCACAAUGAUAAAAAAUUUCCAUAAUAAAGGAUAUCUUUUGCUGGAGAAAUGUAUAUCAUACAUUAAUUAAAGAUUAAUUUACAGUAUGUGUAGAUUUCUAAUCCUAUGCAUUAUUUACCCUCCAUAACUUAAAAUUAUUCACAGAAAGACUGGGUGGGAUAACGACGUAGAAAUACUACCAACUGACCAAUCAUCUAAAAUGUGGUUAUCUGAGAAUAGCAGUCACUUGUCGACAACUGUCAGUUUGGCACUUUUCCUUGACUGACCGCUGUUGUCAGUUUUUACUGUACAUUGAAAUAUAAAUUGAAUGUUUUAUUAAUAAGUUUAUUUUAGAACAAACAUGUUUUGACAGAAACUAAAUAUCAGGUUGUAUGUUCCAUAUGUGUAGUAUUGGCAGGGAUUGUACAUAUUGAUAUUGUUUUGUCUUGUUGUUGCUGCAAAAUGUUGUUGAUGUAUUUUUCUCUGUUUUUGAAAUUGUCUUUUAAUUGAUUUUAUGUAUGUAAAUUUAAGGUAAAUGCUUAAUGCUCUGUUUCUUUGCCAUACAUUUAUUACAAUUAAAGCCACACACCUUGAAAUGAAAUACAUGGCAUAGUAAAUUUAAGUAUAAAUAAGAAAAAUAUUUUAUCUAUGCCAAUUAGAAUAUAUCUGGUGGUUACAAAGUAGAAAUCCAUCUCUUUUGGGCUUUAAAACUUAAAAAUAAUCGCGUUUGUCGAAAAAGGACGCAUACGUCUAGAAAUUCUACUUUCGGUUUCAAAAGCUGUACCGUUUGAAAAUAAUAAAUUACUUGCUAACUAGGCUAUAGAUUUAAUUUUAUCUAUCUCAAUUGGAAUAUAUCUGGUGGUUACAAGGUAGAAAUCCGUCUUUUUAGCGCUUUAAAACUUAAAAAAUAAUCUCGUUUGUCGAAAUGGAUGUUUACGUAUAGAACACUUUCAAAUUGCAUCUAUAUGUAUUGAUUAACAUGUACUUCAUUUCAAGGUGUGUGGCUUUAACAAUUAUCAGUUUAUUUUCCAUAAUAGCAAAGUCAUUUUUUAAAGUACAAAGUACAUUACAAUUGUAGUGUGAUGCAACUAUGAUGCAAAGUCAAAUGUGUUUAAUUAUAAAUUGUUAACUUGUAUAAUAAUAGAAAAUUUAUCAAUAUUUAUAAAUAGGUAAUAUAAAAAUGUUUAGUUUUAUAAAUAUCAUACAUUAAAUAUCUUUGUAAUGUAGGCUAUAUGGUAUGGUAAUUUUGUAGGUCAAACAUUACGCAAGAGAAUAUGUUUUUCACUCAAUUGAAUGAUCAAGACUGCAGUGUACAUAAAUAUGAAAUGUGAAUAAUUCUAAAUGGUUGUAGCUUAUCAGAGGACAGGGGACAAAAUUAAGUUCACUGAGCAGUGGUGGUUCAUUAUCCUUAUCCAUUUAUUUCUGAUAAUUCUGAUAAAGUUUACAAAAAUUAGCUAAAUUAAUUUCUCUUGGAUGAUCCCCUGUCAAAUUCCUUCAUGGAAGGGAAUGUUAUUUAUUUUUAUGUCCCCCACUAUAGUAGUGGGGGACAUAUUGUUUUUGCCCUGUCUGUUGGUUGGUUGGUUGGUUGGUUGGUUGGUUGGUUGGUCUGUUGGUUGGUUGGUCUGUUUGCGCCAACUUUAACAUUUUGCAAUAACUUUUGCUAUAUUGAAUAUAGCAACUUGAUAUUUGGCAUGCAUGUGUAUCUCAUGGAGCUGCACAUUUUGAGUGGUGAAAGGUCACGGUCAAGGUCAUCCUUCAAGGUCAGAGGUCAAAUAUAUGUGGCCCAAAUCGCUUAUUUUAUAAAUACUUUUGCAAUAUUGAAGAUAGCAACUUGAUAUUUGGCAUGCAUGUGCAUCUCAUGGAGCUGCACAUUUUGAGUGGUGAAAUGUCAAGGUCAAGGUCAUCCUUCAAGGUCAGAGGUCAAAUAUAUGUGGCCCAAAUCGCUUAUUUUAUGAAUACUUUUGCAAUAUUGAAGAUAGCAACUUGAUAUUUGGCAUGCAUGUGUAUCUCGUGGAGCUGCACAUUUUGAGUGGUGAAAGGUCAAGGUCAUCCUUCACAAGGUCAAGGUCAUCCUACAAGGUCAAACAUCAUAUUGCAUGUGUAUCUCAUGGAGCUGCACAUUUUGAGUGGUGAUAGGUCAAGGUCAUCCUUCACAAGGUCAAGGUCAUCCUACAAGGUCAAACAUCAUAUAGGGGGACAUUGUGUUUCACAAACACAUCUUGUUUAACACUGUUAAUUCUCUCUUUUUGCAAAGCAUAAUACAUGUUAAUAACUUAUUUCUACAUUUUAAUUGAGUUCUUUAAACCAGAACUUUCUGUUAUUAAUUUUAUAGUUUAUAGUUAUAUCUUUGGGUUUAUAACUUUAUGUUUUUAGGCCUCUGCCAUAAAAUGGCGAAAGUCUGGAUAGUGUUACCCAUAUCCGUGUGUGUUAGAGGGGAAUAUCAUGUUCGCGGUAUAACUUUGUUGUUCUUAAUGGGAUUGUAUAUUACAUUGGCACAAAGGAUGAAGGACCAUAUCAUAUCAAGUGAAAGUGUCCCGCGCAAAACCAUGUCGCUAAGGACAAGAUGGAUGCUUGAAGAAAGUGAAAGUACACAUUGAUGUCAAGGCUUUUACCUUGUCCUGUAUUAUGGCAAUUCAAAAAUAAUAUAUGGCACAAAUGAUAAUCAUAUUAAGAUGAGUCUGUGAAAAAUUAUUAUGUUGCUCUCUUAAAGAUCAAGGUCAUAGUAGACACUUGGAAUUUUUUAUUUUUCUUCAUAUUGAUGAAGUAAAUCUACAUGUUAAUGUUCAACCAGUCAAAUUGUCCAAUAUGAUGGGAUUUCAAAAUAAAACUUUAUAAUGCAUGACAUGAUUUCAAAUCAGUUGCCACAAAAUAUAUUCAUCUCAAGAUGAUCGUGUUGCCUGCUGCCACUAUAUUGCUGACGUUAAUGUUAAUGUCACAAUAACACAGUAUUAUGUGAAGUUGGAAUAAGACAUCAAUUUGGGAAUAAAUUUUGGUUUUGCAACAGUGCAUAAUACGCAGCUUUACAAGUUGUAUUUAUUGAGUUUUACAAAAUAUAAUUAAAAUAUAAGCAUGCAUAUAUAAUAACAUCAUUUAAAUUGAUUUUACUACAAAACUGGAUUAUUUUAUUGAUUUUUUAAAAAUCCUAAUAAAAUGAGACUGUGUCCAUGCGGAGCAUGAACACAGUUUAAAAAUGCAGUUAAAAUUAUUUUUUUAAAUCACUGUUAAUGAAAAAGUCAUAGAAAAUUGCUUAUUAAGCUUAUAGUAUAGAUAAAAUAGUACAAAAAUAAAUUCAGAUCAUGAAAUGAAUAGUUUUGUUUGAGAAAAUCACCAAAAUGAUGCCCAUUCCCAGUUUGAUGUCUUAUUCCCAAUUCACAUAAUACAGUGUUCAAUGUAAGUUUGAAGUUUAUGCAUUGUCCUUUUAUGGUAAUAUUGAUAGUAGAUGUUGGUUUAACUGUCAGGUCUAUUUCUUUAUUGCGCAUGAUGGAAACCUGAAUGCUUAUGUCAAGACGUUUUGUGGCAUGCAAAAACGAUGGCGCUCGCUAAAAGGUUAAUGUAAAAUAGGCUUUAUUUGAAACAACAGUUACAAAGGUACAUACAUGCUGUGUCAACAGUACAAAGUAUGUGUUUCACACAAUAACUAUUUCCGUGUCCAUAUAGCGGGUGCAACUGUGUCCAUUGGACACAUUUCUAGCUUUUGUUGAUUUUAUUAAAGCAUGGCUAUUGUGGUGCAUCAUUAUUUUAAUAUUUAUUUGUUUUGGAAAAAUUGAAAUCAUGCGACAAAUGAUUGUUUGACAAAAUAUAGUUUUAAUUGUAUAAUUUUGUGACAUUUGGAAAUUAAUUGCCAUGGUUGCUGCACACUUUUUUUGUUCAUUAGAAAAAUGAAUGACCAAAAAAGUGUCAGUCCAACCUUUUAUGCUCAAUACUAACUAUGAUCAGCUUAAAAAUUAUUGCCAAAUUAAAGAAUGGAAAAAUUAUGAUGGUCAAAUGUAGUAACAAUAUUUGAACUUGGGUUCAUGAUUUCGAAUGGCAUAACUAUGUAUCUGAUUCUUUUGAAUAUGUUUCGUUUGCUUCAAUCUGAAUUGUAUUACAAAGGGCGAUGUAUCAAAGCCCUUGAGGCACUUCAGUUAUUUGCUAUUGUGUAAACAGAGCCAGUCAGAGGUCAUUGUAGUUCUGCACUUUGGUUUAUAGUUGUAAACCCAUAUUUGAUAUUCAAAACUUAAAAUCAACAGAAGUGUGUUGAAGUAGUAUAUAUUUUGUGAAGCGACAACAUUUUGGUUGUACAAACAACAGCACAAUUCGGUCAGUUCCAUCAUCAUUAUCAUAGUUGGCGUCAUCACCAUCAUUGUAAUUGUUAUAAUUCAACAUAAUAAUCACAAUCAUCAUUAUUUUAAAAAUUAUCAAGUUCCCCAUCCUCAUAUUUUCAACGUUCUAAACCUUACCAGUGAUGGUAAAAUACGGUGUUGAUGAUUAUACAAGUACGUCUUAGUAGGGUUGGUGUUUUUGUUGUUAAUGAUAACGGUGAUGUUCAUCGGCUGAUGAUAGUGAUUGUGAAUAAGAUAUAAAUAAAAAAAAACGAAUUGUGCGUUCAUAUUUCCGAUUUAUAUUUUGUGAUGUAUAUUUUAAUACUGGUUUAAAUUAAUCAGGCCUAAGAUGCAGCAUUUUUAGCAAAACUAUUUCAGAUUUUCACAUAGACUAUGUAUCAACUCGACUUGUUGUUCUUAGCCUGUGCGUUAUUAUUGCAGAAUAACAUGUAUUUAUUUCCCUUUUAGAUGUAAGUUUGCAUGUGCCGUCUUAAAAUAUGUUUUAAAAGUGCAGGUUUUAUAUAAAAUUGUAUAAUUCAAACUGUAUUUUGUUAUGUGUGUGAUUGAUGAUUUUGAUUUUUAUGAUGCUCUAAUAUUAUUUUAUGCUGCUUCUGCAGCUGAAAAUUUGCUUUGUUUUUGUUAGGAGACAUCGUCUAUAACUUUUCAUAUGAUUAAAAUGCUAUUAGUUGCCUGUAUAAUGUGCUUGUAAAAUGUGAGUAAAUCUUAUUAAUCUGUGAAUAGUCUGUUACACAUCCUUAUAAACAACACCAGUUGAGAGGGAUGGCUGAUAUUAAUCUGAACAGUUAUGGGAGGUAAUCGCUGACAGUUAUUUGUGUGUAUGCCAGAGUUUAUUUACCGGUCAUCGCUGAGUCUUCACAACUACCUUAUGUCCUGACCUGACUUAUAAUUGUUUGAUUUUACCUGAUCAAUUUAUAGGCCCAGAUUUGUAUUUACUACCUAUGUUGUGCGCAAAAAUACCAUGUGACUGGUGUAACUAUUUUAAUUAUGCAUAAAUGUACUUUUCACACAUGUAUGCAUUUUUAUUUGUUCAUUUUCUGUUUAUUGACUGUUUUCCUAUUUAGGACCCUUUAUAAAUUAUUUCAUCGAACGUAUUAAUCCACAGUGUAUGUCAAUGUGUGAAUGAAUGUAGUUAAAACUGAAAUGUCUGACAUAAAUGAUUAUAAAGUACUUCUAUGUCUUGUGAAUCGUAGUGAUUUCUCGCUACAGACAAAUUUUCUGUGAAAUAUCGUUAUUCGCAAGCAAACAACAUAAUUUGGACAAAAACAUUUUUAAGUAAUGCUACAUAUCGGCAUGUAUGGUAUUGUUAAUUGCCCUAUUCAAUUACUUAAGUGAUAUAUUAUUGUUAGUUUACCUGUAUUACGGUACAUUGAACGAUUGGUUCAGUUCAUUUCGUACAGAUGAUGUUCAUUGAGUGUUGCAUGAGCUGUGAAUCAAAUAUAAACACUGACAAAUUAA